AUGUUAUUAUUUAUUCUUAUAUUUUCAUCAUUAUUUUAUUCACUUUAUUCAUUUAAUUAUCAAACAGUUGAACAUUGGAGAUAUUUAAGACAAGAACAACCAACAUAUACUCCAUCAAAAUUAUCAUCUUAUUUCGGUUAUUCAUUAGCUAUUCAUCGUUCUAGUGUAUUAAUUGGUGCACCUCGUGAUCAUUCACCAUAUGAUACAAUAACGAGACGAGGUGCAGUAUGGAAAUGUAAAUUCCAAUCAGAUGGUCAAUGUCAACGUUUACCAUUUCGUCGUGAUGGUGAAGCUAAUGUUCGUGUUGGUACUUCAUUUGAUAAUAAAACAGAUCAAUGGCUAGGUGCUUCAUUGGCAGCUAACAAUGAUAAUAUUAUUGCUGGUUCACCAUUUCUUAAACAUCGUAUUAAUGAUGGACAUAGUCUUGAAUAUGAAAUACCUGGUGGCGCAACAAUUGGUAAAUACGAUAGAUCAUUAGCAAUGACUGAUAGUACAACAAUAUAUUCACCAUCAUUUCUCAAUUGGCAUUCUCGUAAUUAUAAUCAAGAAGGUUAUGGUGAAUUUGGUUUUCAAGUCGCAUUAAGUAAAAGACCAGAACGUAUAAUAAUAUCAGCACCAGGAUCAUUUUAUUUUCGAGGUGGAAUACAUUCACUUCCAAUUCUUGAACAUAAUUGGAUUGAUACCCGACAUCCAUUUAUUGCACCACAUUAUCCAUGGCGUGAAGUUGGUUGGCUUCGAUAUCCAACAAAUUAUUCUGCAAAUGAAUAUGAUGAUUGGUGUUACCGAGGUUAUGCUGUAGCUGUAGGAAAUUUUAAUGAAGAUGAUAAUCAAGAAAUUGUUGUUAGUAUACCAAAAUUACAUAAUUAUCGUGGAGCAGUUGAAAUAAUGAACAGUAAUCUUGAUGAAAAUUCAAUUCGAACAUUAAAUGGAACACAAAUAGGAGAAUAUUUUGGUGCAUCAUUAUGUGUUAUUGAUAUUAAUAAUGAUGGACUUGAUGAUUUAUUAGUUGGUGCACCUUUAUAUACGGUUAAAAAAGAUGGUCGAAUAUUACCAGAUGCAGGACGUGUGGAUAUCUAUUAUCAAACAUCGGAGCAUAAUCUAAUAAAAAAACAAACAAUUGAAGGGACACGUGAAGGAGGAAGAUUAGGACAUGCAUUAGCAAAUCUAGGUGAUAUCGAUAAAGAUGGUUAUAAUGAUGUAGCUAUUUCAAUUCCAUUUAUUAAUUCUGGUUCAUCUAGUAUGGUUCAUAUUUAUCGUGGUUCAAAAGAUGGUUUAAUAUUAAAACCAUCACAAAUUUUACAGACAACAUCAUUAAAUGGUUUUGGUUGGGCAUUACAAGGUCAAUUUGACUAUGAUAAUAAUGGUUAUUUAGAUUUAGCCGUUAGCAGUGUACGAACGGAAACAGUCGCUAUCAUUCUUUCACGACCUGUAUUACAUGUUCAAACAAAAUUACAACAUAAUUCACCCUCAGUUCCACUCAAUUGUACAUUACAUAGUGAUAAUUCAUGUUUUCUAUUGACUGUAUGCAUUUAUUUGAAUGAACAAAAUUAUCAAUAUUCAAAAAGUGAUACAUUAACUUAUGAAUUACAACUUGAUAAAGAUAAAAAUCCAGCUGAUCAACGUUUAUUCUUUCGAGAAUCAUUUAAAUCAAUAAAAAAACGACAUUUUAAAAUGUCAGAUCGUAUUUGUCAUGAUUAUUCAUUAUAUAUGAAGGAUGAUGUCAAUGAUAAACUUAAACCCAUUCGUUUACAAAUAAAUUAUGUACUUUCAUCAAAAUUAGAUGCAAAUAUCGUUCCAUCUAUACUCGAUCCAACAAAUUCAACAUUUGAUUAUAACAUUCCGAUUCAAAAAGAUUGUGGUUACGAUGAUAUUUGUAUACCAAAUCUACAUCUAACAACAUCAAAUUGGCCAGAUAUUUAUAAAAUCGGUUUAACAAAGAAAAUUCUACUUAAUAUUAAUGUUACUAAUACAGGUGAAAAUGCAUAUGAUACAAAAUGCUUAAUACAACUUCCUGUUGGUGUUGAAUAUGUUAAUUCCAAUACAAGUUCAAAAGUUAAUCUUUAUUGUAAUUUAAUGAAACAAUCUGAUCGUAUAAUUAUAUGUCAUCUUGGUAAUCCUUUUCUAGCAAACGGAAAUAUUGCAAUACAAAUUCAUACAGCUGUUAAUAAUUAUUCUGCUAUACAAACAGAUCCACUUAUAUUUUUAAUCAAUGUAACAAGUGAUAAUCCAGAUUCAAAAAUAAUAACAACAGAUAUAAUUCUUCCAGUUUCAAGUUCACCUGAAUUAGUAUUCAUUGGUGUUGCUAAACCAGAACAAAUAGCAUUAGAUUCAACUGAUAAUACUAUUAUAAAACAUACAAAUGAUCUUGAAAUUGUACAUACAUAUACGCUACAUAAUAAAGGGCCAAGUGAUGCUAAACGUACCGAAGUUAAAUUAAUGUGGCCUAUGUUACCCAUAUCAGGAUUUAAUGAUCAACAACCAUUAUUAUAUGGAAUUCAUCUUCCAUCAAUUAUUCGUGUAUCAGAUCCCAAAGCAAAAAUUGAUCGAUGUCAUAUAUAUCAAUCGACUAUAAAUCAUGUUCCCAGUAUGGACAAUGCUGGUAUAAAUCAUCGUUCUCAAGAAUUAUCUAUACCAAGUUAUUGUCAUGGACCAUUAUGCAAAAGUUUUAUUUGUUAUAUUGAUACAUUACCUAUUGGUCAUAGUGUUUUAAUACAAUUAAAAGCUAUUUUACGAUUAAAUCAAUUUCAAUCUAAAUUUGAUCGUUCAAAACCAUUUCUUAUUAUGUCAAAUGCUAGUGCACAAGUACGAGAAAUUCCUUUAAAAAUUUCUUCAAAUAAAUCUACUACACAAGCAAUCGUUUAUUUAAAGGUAUGUUCUUAUUCAAAACGCACGCAUAUAUAA